AUGCAAAACAAUCAUCUUCCUCAGCAGUCUCAUUCAUUUGGCGCAAAUGCCAGUACAUCAUCGAUUCCAGUCACGUCAUCAAUGUUACAUCCAUCAAAAGAAGAUCUCGCAUUAAUGGAUCGACAAAAGGUGACACCUGAAUUGAUGAGAUAUACGGAAAGAUUUGAAUUUCCAUACAUCACUGAUGUUACUAACUAUGAAAAGUUGGCAAAAAUUGGUCAAGGGACAUUCGGGGAAGUAUUCAAAGCGCGUUGUAAACGUACGGGUCGAAUCGUUGCUCUGAAGAAGAUUUUAAUGGAGAAUGAGAAGGAAGGAUUUCCAAUAACAGCCUUACGAGAAGUGAAAAUGUUGCAGAAACUAAAGCAUAAACAUAUUACUGAAUUGAUAGAGAUAUGCAGUAGCAGAGCAUCAGUACAUAAUCGAGAGCGUAGUACCUUUUAUUUGGUAUUUUCCUUCUGUGAGCAUGAUCUUGCUGGUCUUUUGUCAAAUACCAGUGUUCGUCUUUCUUUGGUACAUAUCAAAACAUUGAUGAAACAUUUGUUAGAGGGUCUUUAUCAGAUACAUUUUGCAAAAAUAUUGCAUCGCGAUAUGAAGGCUGCAAAUGUUUUAAUUACAAAAGAUGGCAUAUUGAAGUUAGCGGACUUUGGUCUGGCGCGACCUCUCUUUUCAAAAUUACCUGGUCAACCAGAGCACUGUUAUACGAAUCGUGUUGUGACUUUGUGGUACCGUCCUCCUGAAUUGCUUCUUGGUGAGCGUCAUUAUGGUCCACAAAUCGAUAUGUGGGGUGCGGGUUGUAUAAUGGCUGAAUUAUGGACACGUACCCCUAUUCUGCAAGGUGAAAGUGAACAAAAGCAGUUGUCGUUGAUAUCCAAUCUUUGUGGAAGUAUCAACCCGCAAACCUGGAGAGGUGUCGAAAACUUACCGCUUUAUAGCAAAAUGGAGCUUCAACAGAAUCUAAAUCGUCGUGUGGUUGAACGCUUGGAAGCCUAUGUUAGAGAUCGAAAUGCCUUGAAUUUGAUCGAUAGUCUCCUGGUUCUGGAUCCAUCCCUGCGUCUUGACGCUGAACAGGCUCUCGAUCAUUUGUUUUUCUUCACACAGCCUCAUCCGGCAGCUGAUGUUAAAGACUUAAUGAGCACAAUCUCGACAAGUUUGUUUGAAUAUACAGCUGGAAGAGGCGCUCAUAGUGGAAGAGGUCGUGGUGUACAUCAUCAAAAUCGUCAGAACAUUCGUCCGUCAAUGGCAUCACAGGGACAGUACGUUGAUAUGGUGUUCUGA